GCCGACAGAGGCGGCGAGCACCACUGAGGCGGCGGCAGCGUUUUUCUGCGGCCGACGGAGGUGGAAAGGCGGGAGCCGCGGCGGUUCUCCUCCGGUAGCGGCAGACUCUCUUGAGGCCCGCCUUCCCCCUCCCCUGCAGUAUGGCUGCCACAGGAGGGGACAGGACAGCUAUCCGUUCUUGGAAGUCAUCUUUCACACUGAAGUUCAACACACUCUUUAUUCCAUAUCCUUCAACUUUCAUAUCCAUAAAGUGUCAUAGAAAAAAACCAUGCAUGAUUUUGACUUUUAUAGAACAAAGCAAAUUUACCCAAACAAUGUAUGGAACUCCUUCUUCAAGCAUAGCCAUUGGUGGGAUGGAUCCCUUUCAUGCUUGUAGCAUUCUCCAACAGCUCAAAAUGAUGUACGAUGAAGGACAGCUGACAGAUAUUGUGGUAGAAGUGGAUCAUGGGAAAACAUUUUCCUGUCAUCGAAAUGUCCUUGCUGCAAUCAGUCCUUACUUUAGAUCUAUGUUCACUAGUGGCCUUACUGAGAGUACCCAGAAAGAGGUUCGGAUUGUUGGUGUUGAAGCAGAAUCCAUGCAUUUAGUACUGAACUACGCAUAUACCUCCAAAAUAACAUUGACAGAGGCCAACGUCCAAGCUUUGUUCACUGCAGCUAGUAUCUUCCAGAUCCCCUCCAUUCAGGAUCAGUGUGCUAAAUAUAUGAUCAGUCACUUGGACCCACAGAACUCCAUUGGAGUUUUUAUUUUUGCUGAUCACUACGGACAUCAGGAAUUGAAAAUCAGAUCGCAAGAUUACAUUCGUAAAAAGUUCCUGAGUGUCACCAAAGAACAAGAAUUUCUCCACUUGAGGAAAGACCAACUUGUAAGCAUAUUGGACAGCAAUGAUUUAAAUGUUGACAAAGAAGAGCAUGUCUACGAAAGCAUUAUAAGGUGGUUUGAGCAUGAGCCUAGUAAAAGAGAAGACCAUCUACCAGAAAUUUUUGCCAAAUGCAUCCGUAUGCCCCUGCUGGAUGAAGCAUUCAUAGAGAAUAUUCCUCCCAUGUUUGCACAGGCUAUAGCCCAAAACUGUGUACAGAAAGAACAAAGUGGUGCCAAUGGCUAUACCCAGAGGCUUGGAAUGACUGCUUCGGAAAUGAUCAUCUGCUUUGAUGCUGCCCACAAACACUCAGGAAAGAAACAAACAGUGCCUUGUUUAGACUCCAUUACAGGGAGAGUGUUCAAACUAUGCAAACCGCCUAAUGAUUUAAGAGAAGUUGGAAUUCUCGUCUCACCUGACAAUGACAUUUACAUUGCUGGAGGAUACAGACCAAGCAGCAGUGAGGUUUCCAUAGACCAUAGAGCAGAAAGUGAUUUUUGGCUGUACGAUCACUCCGGUAAUAAAUGGAUCCCUAAAUCUCCGCUGCUUCGUGCCCGGAUAGGUUGCAAAUUGGUUCAUUGCUGUGGUAAACUGUACGCAAUAGGUGGUCGAGUUUAUGAAGGAGAUGGGCGCAACUCCCUGAAAUCUGUGGAAUGUUAUGAUGGUCGAGAGAACUGCUGGACAGCUGUCUGUCCAAUGCCUGUAGCAAUGGAGUUUCAUAAUGCUGUGGAAUAUAAAGACAAUAUCUAUGUUUUACAGGGAGAAUUCUUCCUCUGCUAUGAUCCUCGAAAAGAUUAUUGGGGUUUCUUGACUCCGAUGACUGUGCCUAGGAUCCAGGGUUUGGCAGCUGUCUACAAUAACUCUAUCUACUACAUUGCUGGAACCUGUGGAAACCACCAACGCAUGUUUACUGUAGAGGCUUAUGACAUUGAAUUGAACAAGUGGACUAGAAAGAAAGAUUUCCCAUGUGAUCAGUCAAUUAAUCCAUAUAUUAAACUUGUUGUCUUGAAAAAUAAACUUAAUUUGUUUGUUCGAGCUACUCAAGUCACAGUUGAAGAACAUGUCUUCAGAACCAGCAGGAAAAAUUCUCUUUAUCAAUACGAUGAAGCUAAUGACCAGUGGCAGAAAGUGUAUGAAACUCCAGAUAAGCUUUGGGACCUUGGACGUCAUUUUGAAUGUGUUGUUGCUAAAUUGUAUCCACAGUGUCUUCAGAAAGUUAUUUGACUCCUCUCCCCUUUCCCUUUCAUUGGUAAAAGGCCUUAGUGACUUUGGUGUUCCAUGCUACCAGAAACAUCUGUUUUUAAGAAAAAUUCAUUCCUGUCAGUAUUUAAUGCGAGCUGAAAUUGAUAGCUUUUGGGUUUUUUAUACAUAUAUAAAUAUAUAUAUAUAUCUACAUAUAUGUGGGAAUGGGUGCUCUUUAAAGGUUGCAGUGGGGAGAGGGAAUUAGUUUUAGGUUUUUAGUGGAUGUUUUCCUGCAGAGUAUGGAAUGGGUUACAAAGUGCAAUUAUCAACAUUUUCUCAUUUGAUCAUAUUCUAUCUAGAACGACAGUUUGACUAAAAGAAAGAGAAGAUGGAUUGGGUAACUAUGCACUAUAAUGAGAACAAAUUAAAUAUGAAUAGGAAAGGUGAAGAGACCAAGCUUGAAAUGACUUCUUGUUUAAAUACGGGUAAAAUCUGAGGCAAUAUUGAUGGGUUGUUAUUUUCGAUUUGGUGACAGUAAAUUAAAAAAAAAAUACCCAGCCCUCUUCCAUUUAUUGAAACGGUACUGAAAUAUUUGAAGUUUAUAUACUUCGGUUAGUUGUGAACGUUUAGGCAACUAAUUUAUUUCAACGAGUCCCUAAAUGAAGAAAAGGUGACAUAAUCUCUACAUACUACAAAACUCACAACAUCCUUCUGCAGAGCAAAGUUGAAUGAAUAAUUACUAUUGAUGUGCAGUUGUUUACAGAUUCAAAGUAAGAUUAUUGUGAAUAUGGGAGGUUCGGAUGUUUCUUUAACCAAGUGCAUUGUAACAUUUCCUUUGGUAGAAACAACAGAUUGCAAAUAUUUUCUUUUGUCAGUCAUAAGUGUUUCUAGUCUUGCUUUUGGAUUUUUAAAUCCCAUUUUUUCAUUGCAGAAUUUCUGCAAUGUGAUAAACAGCUGCACAUAAAUAGUGUGCAUUCAAAUUUGCAGAGAUAAUUUGUAUCAUAGAGAUUGUGUCACCUCCUCACAUAGGGCUUCAUUGAAACCUACAGUUUGUUGAGCAGUGUCUAAAAUCUUAUGCACAGCUUUAAAGAAAUGGAUUUAAAAUCACAGGAGAAUACAAGGUCCCAUUUGAGAAAGAGCUGCCCUACUUCAGAUGGCUACAUUGCUUCUCUUCUGUAGAUUUAAUUUUAAUUUUAAGAAGUUCCUUAAUCUUCUAUUAGUAUUAGGAGAGCUAUUUUUGCCAAUUAAAUGUAGAGGUUCAAAAGCAGCUGAAUAUGUUGGUCACUCCAUAAAGGGCUCAAACCCAUUGGUGCUAGUACAUUUUUCAUAUUUGUAAGUCCAAAAUAGGUCAAAAGGGGAGCUGCUAUGCGAGGCAGUGGGUAGUAUUAAUGUCUUGAAUCUUAAACACACUUGCUGCUUUGUGCGUGGACACCUAUUUUAUUUAAAUAUCUUAUAUGUUACUGGUUCCUAUAUAACAUAUAGAUAGUCUUAAUGGCCUUUUGGAAAUAGUUCCAUCUUUGAAAGUUAAGCGCUAAAGGCACUUUGUUUUGUCCACUCUCUAAUAAUUUUGACAACAUAGCUUAAAACAGUUCUACAUAGGUGACCAUAAACUUCUAGUUAAUGUAUUAGAAUGCAUUGCUAUAGGUAGCUGUUGGGAGUAUGUAAUAUUGGGCCUUCUUAUAACUGUAGAGCAAACUAAUGUAUUCAUUGUUUCCACUAUUGCUAAUUUGGCAUGAGUUGUUGGUGAGAUGUUACUCGAAAAUAUAUCCCUACACUCCAAUUCAACAAUGUAAAAGCACGUCCAGCUCCAUUUGUUUCUGGAGUAAUGUGAUAGUUUGCACUACUGAGCUUUCUUUGUAGUCCUAGGAUAGUUAUUUUUGGAAGUUACCAUAAAAACAUGUGGAAUUGAAAAAUAGAGUCCAGAACUUUUUAUAUUACAUUUCUGCUUUCAUAUUUGAAAUAACUUAGAAUUCUUAUUGUUUUUUUCAUCCCUAGGUAGUGUUGAGACAUCUGAGAAUGCAUUUGCUAACUGGCAAUUCUUAGAGUAACCUUGAUCCUCAAGAAAGAAAGAUACUUGACUUUCAUCUUGGUUCAGCUUAAGGCUCAUUUUAAAUGAUAAAUUGUCCUUUUUCUAUGAUGGGUCUCUACUUUUGACUGAGUCAGAUCAAUCAACCUUUAGUUAAGGGAGUAAAUUUAAAACCACAGAUUGAUAAAUAUGGUUCACACUCCCCAGUAGAUAAAUAUUAUCUCACUUGAUUUUGUAUCUUUUCAGUCUUGCACAAUAUUAUAUGUAGAAAACAUUACUGUGAAACUAAAUGGAUAAAAAAGCCUCAUUCUGUUACAUACCUCAUUUUCCAGAGAUUCAGCAAGCAGCUUUUUCUUUGGGCUUCUUCAUAUACCAUGCUGGAGGUACAUUAGUCUAGACAUUGAUGUGUGUGGGUGUGUGUGUAUGUUUCUUGCAUUAUUAUUGCUUAAGCACAUUAAGAUACCAAGAAUACAUGCUAGAUACUUGCAGUUGGUAUAUUACUUAGUACAUUACUUAGUGUUAUGACAGGUGAUAACUUCAUUUUUGACUCUUGUCUCAAUAGUGCUCAGGUUGGGAAAUUCCAGUAAUGCAAAACUGCAUAGUCUAUGGUAUCUAAUCCUGACCCCUGGCCUCUUUGCUGCCAACUAGAGAUAGGAAUUGGUGCUACAUAUUAUGGUUGGCUCUACAUUGUUUUCAUUCAGGAGUGUAAGGCUGUAUAGUUUAUCCUUAUAAUUGGAAAGUAAUAAUGGAAAAUGAUUAAAGAGUAACAAAUGCUCCUUGGAUGCUGUAGGAUUAAUUUCCAAGCUGAAUUAAGUGUGUUCAAGCUAUAGUUCAACAUGGUAGGGCACUAACCUGCUACUUCAGAAGUGAGCUUAGGUUUUCUCUGCAUGGAUGAUUAAGGCUUUGAUGUCUUAAGUGUAUUUGCCAAGACUGAAUUUUUAAAUGAGUUAUGGUUUCUUUGGCAUUUGUAUAAAACUGUUUAGUUAUCAUACAUUUAAUUGUUUUUAUUAUUUACUUGACUGUAUUUGCGCUGUUGUAAGCCUCUUAGCUGCAAACUUUCUGAAGCACCCUCCCCUUAAUGUUGCAUUAUUUUUUGCAAAAAAAAGUGUUACGUCAUUUUCAAAAACCUUACAAAACACAUUGCUGCUUUUUGACAAUCUUCUGUAUUUAUUUAGAAGUGUCAAUUGGACUUGAAAUUUAAGAAUUUAGCUUGUUAGCAAAUGAAGUUGUCAUGUGAUGAAUAGGAAUAGAAUAUGCUGUGGUUAAUUCUGCAGUAGGUUUGCUCUUAAUUUUCAUUUUUUUUUUAAUCUGCACUAAAUAAAAAUCUUUGUCUAACCAUUCAGAGGGGGAAGGGGAGAGGCUGUGGACUACAGUGCUUGAGAGUUAAAUCUUGAAAUUUUUACCAGGGGGUGAAAUACCGUGAGUCUUACGCAUGAAUAAUUAUUUAAACAGUAAUAUUAACUGAGGAAUUUAGUUGUUUACAUGCUUCUAACUUAUCUAAUAGGAAAUUUCCUGUAUAAACUUGUUUUCUGAGUAAUCUAAUUCUGAAAGAACCUUGCACAGUAUGUGAGACCAGAUGGACCUAAGUCCCCAUAAUUGUGCUAAGCAGUUCAUUUGUUGCAUUUGGUAUUUUUGCUUAUAUUCUUUGUUGUUCUUUUUGUUUAUUUAGUUUAUUUUCUGGUACAUCACUCUUCUAUUUAACGUACGUUUUAAAAACAGACAUGGAAAACAUUCUCAGUUUUUAAUUCCACAAUUUGUUGUUUUAAAGGCAGAAUCCACCAAGCACAUUUGUUGCAUAUUUAUCACAAUCUUGCUCUUGCACUUGCCCCACGGAAGUGGAGCGAGGCUGUGCAGCUGGACUACCACCUGGUGGGUUGUUUCCCAACCUGCCAAGCCAGCUCUUCUCUGUAUGCAGUAUGUGUGGUUUGUGUAAUAUCAGAAAGCUCCCAAUUCUGUUUAGAAAUGGUAUCAGAUGUUCAGUGCUCAGGUAUGCUAGUAAAGAAGUACUGUAGUCCUCUGAGGGCAAAUGCGUGGAUUUUUAAACAUUUUGCCAUAAUUGCACAAUUUUGCAAUUUUAUGUAAUGUCAUGUUAAUUUUCUUAUAAUAAACCUAUUGUUCAAA